UCCACAUGUAAUUUCAUUGUUGUAAAAUACAGUCCAUUUUUAGCCCGCCAGUGGCCUUAGGUGAUGUUGUCUCACGUCAUCAUAGAACAUGUUUUAUGUCAAUCAAUUUUGUGUUCUGAUAAAAACUUAUCUGAGUCCCGGGGGAACCGUUGACAGCCUUUUCGGUCGCAACAUCUUGUACGUGUCUUAAAGGACAACGUCUGUCAAGAGGAGUAUCGGAAGUGGUCGAGCGACAGUCAGAGUCGGGAUAAUUCAGAAUGAUUGCUUAGAUAUGUGCUUGCGACACCACACCAGAACUGACCCACUUACUUUCCUUUUCCCGUAAACGAAGCACGUUGCAAAUAAGGACGAGGCAGCAUUAUUUUAGUUCGAGGAAGCGACACAGUUGUUUUGGAGGACGCGAGCUGCUUUAGUACCACAAUUGAUUCUUUUGUUUGUUUGUUGAGAUUGGUCACAUGGAACCGGUUGAAAGUUGUCCUUUCUACCAAUGUAAAAUUAACUUCUGAUUAUACAAGUUGUGGUUCGUCUUCUACUUCUUCAUCUUUUCACACAUUAUAGCCACGCGCUACGGGAAGAGAUUGGCGGUCGUGAUAGCUUCGACAAAAUACAAUCGAUGAGUCGUCUGAGCACUUCGGCAUAAGAAAAUUGUCUGUCCAUGCGCGAAAUGCACCACGACUUUCUACUGCACAAAGUAGAACGACUACAGCCUUCAAAUGGUGAAAGCCUGUGACAAGUGUCAGACGGAGUUCAAAGGGUGGGGAACGACUUGCGCAGCGUAUACUUUUUUUCGAUUGAUGCAGCAAUAGAUUAGCCUGGAAGUCGAAAUUAUUAAGCAAUGUAAAAAAAAUCAAAUGUAUGUACCCGCAUCUUUAGUUACCUGCUGACCAAACAGGAUAGCAGGUUCUUGCGCUUGCCUUGCCACUAGGGACGGUGGCUGGAAAGGAACAUGCGCCCGUGCUUGCCCGCCUCCACAUGUGCUAUAAGAUGACGUGGUAUGCACCACCUCCGUCUCGCUGCCAAUGCUACGGAAAAGACACUUACUCAAAAAUUUUGUUGCUUAUACGCCCUUACGUGGCAGCCCCAGACGCGAGACGCCCGGAGAUAUUGAACACGACCGCACUUCUUAGCCAUCGCCACGUGCACUGGCCUAUGCGCUGCGCCACCGCCACCAGCACUUAGCCAACAGAGACGGGGCGAAUAAAACUAUUGUGCUGGUGCGCUGGAAGGAACUGCCAUAAUGUUGUUUCGUUGGAAGGAAGACAGUUGAAGGUGUAUGUAAUGGUAGGAACUUCCUUGUCCUUCUACAAACAGAUGCCGCAAAACUGGGGCCGGAGGAGGGGCAGCGACAGCUGCAUCUGCGUCAACAGCAUGCCAUGCCUGGUAUAUUGUGCAUUGUUCUUUUUGCUGCAUGCAUUCAAUAUACAAUUUAUUGUAUGCCACCUGGAUCAUUCGGAGGUUCUAUGUCAACAUGCAUAUGAUCACACUUAGAGUUUCAGAACAGGCCCUGUGCUACUAAUGUGCAAAGGGACGAAAGACAGACAAGCUGCGAAAAAAUUACACCAGCGGCAAGACGGUAUAUGCGAUGGAGAAGCUGGUUAUAGACGGGACCCUUUUCCACAAGGACUGCUUUCGGUGCAAGAUGUGCAACGGAAAACUGAUGAUCGGAAAGUUUUCGCGCGCACCAACAGGCGAGUUUUACUGUCCGACCCACUUCAAAGAACUGUUUCGGUUGCGCGGAAGGUACGAUGAGGAUCCGACGAAGUUGGGAAAUAAAGCAGACAGUCCGCGAGGAGGGCCAGCACAAAACGCCAACGACUCGCCGCCCGUGAGCACGAAACCGGAACCGCCACCUCCAGGAAGCGCGAAACCGGAACAACUACCCGUGUCCGCCGUGUCCGUACAACCAACCCCUGGUGCGCAAGCCGGAGACCUUGCAUCCGGACCUCCACAAAGCGCUUCGCCGGCCGCGCCCGCAGCCGAAUCGAUUCUCGAAAAACCACAGGAGCUGGUUUCUACCGGACCAAUCACGAGUGCGACCGGGUGACUUGCGGAUCAGGAGAAUAUAGCAUUGACGCAACAUCAAGAUCAACAAAACAUAGUGACAAAGGAUUGUGCUUUCCAUCAUCGGAAACCUUCAUGAUGAUCCAAAUCCCUGCUACGUGUUGACAAGUUUAUGAAGCUGUCCAAUUUUGUUUCGCAAGUGUAGCAGUAGAACCGCAAGGGCCACGAAGACAUCAUUGAACAUCUUGUGACGGUAACAUGAUUCGCAAAAAUUUCUGAUUUUUGACCACCUCAACAAAAUCCAAAACAUCCCGCGAUCAGCGUCGUCUUUCGGGGAUUUUAGCUGAUUCCUCGAAGGAUGAGGGUGUGAGGAGCCACGUCGCCAGUAUAAGGCAGCUACGUGCGCAAGUAGAUUUGUGAAAUGAGGAUAUGAUUUUUUGUUGCGCUGAUAGCAAGGACCCCGCGCAGGCCGCGUACCCGCACACAUCAAGAAGGAUCGAAACGCAAUCGAUACAAAUUUUCAACUCACAACCAGACGAGAAGAGCCACG